AUCGUAGGAGCAGCACCUGAAGGCAGCACAGGGAAGGAGUGUUUGGAGGAAGCUGAAUGUGGGCUCAGUCUGAGCUGGGAGCCAUGGAGGGCAGAGGAGGCCUGUCGGACGAGGCUGUGGCUGCUGCCUGCAAAGAGGGAGACCCCAUCACGAAGGACUACAUGAUGCAGCAGACGAUGCUGAGGGUCAAAGAUCCAGCAAGAUCUCUGGACUUUUACACUCGAAUCCUCGGCAUGACUUUGCUCCAGAAAAUCGACUUCUCUUCCAUGCGUUUCACCCUCUACUUCCUGGGUUACGAGGAAAAGUCGGACAUCCCGGCCGACAUUAAGGACAGGACGGCGUGGACCUUCUCUCGCCGAGCCACGCUGGAGCUCACGCAUAACUGGGGCUCCGAGUCUGAUGAAAGUCUGUCCUACCACAACGGGAACAACGAACCGCGAGGAUUUGGUCAUAUUGGUAUUGCUGUUCCUGAUGUCGAUGCUGCAUGCAAGUUAUUUGAAGAACAAAAAGUGACGUUUGUCAAGAAGCCAGACUCAGGUAAAAUGAAGAAUCUGGCCUUCAUUCAGGACCCUGAUGGCUACUGGAUUGAGAUUUUAAGUCCUAACAACAUGUUCUCCUUACUGUCGCCUUGAAGCAGAGACACGCAGCAUUCAGGGUGUCCACGUGGGGUAACAAUGCUGAAACCAUAGAGACUCUUUUGUUUUCGUGACAAACCUUUGCUCCUGCUGGACAUCUGCUCUCUCAGAUCUGAAGGUCUGAGCUCCUUUUCCAAGAUAAACAAACUAAAAAUGUCAGAAAACAAA